AUGCGAGUAUACUGCAUUGUUUAUAUUGUACUUAACAUCGUUGGCAUUCUCUUAGCAGCCGAUGGAAGAAAUUCUACAGGAGCUAACUUUGUAAAAGAGCUGCCACCAACACUUGUCGACAAAUUACUCGGUGCUUUUCUUGAAUCAAGUGCUAGACCAAUACGACAUCAUAGUAAGACGAAAAGUAAUAGUUCGUUUGGAAGCGAUAUUCAACAUCAGCAACGAACUGCAUAUGAUUUUGUUGUCGAUUUGACAAGACCGGGAGACAUAUAUGGCAAGAUUCAGGCAUAUCCCGUUUCAUUCCCUCUAGGUAAAGCAGCUUACGAUAGCAAAACGAAACAAGACGGACGAAAGCUUAGUCGAUUUAUGGUCAAUGUAGUUGGACGAUACAAUGUCGGAAAAACGUAUGUUUUACGACUGUUGGCAAAUAUAGAUCUGGGUCAUUCAUUCGUCGAACGGACUAGUGGUAUUAGUGUUUCGUUACCAACACCUAAAAAUUCACACGAUCCAAAUAUUGCUCUCAUUGAUACUGCGGGAGCAAGAACACCCGUCGAUUACGAUCAAAAUUCUUUCGCAAUGCUUUCGUACGAACGGCAGAUUAGCGAUGCAUUCAUUCAAGAAAUUGCGCUGAAUUCCAGUGAGAUUUUUCUUCUUGUCAUCAAUCAACUCACCCUUGACGAUCAAUUGUACUUAAAAAUGUUAUAUAAACGUCUCAAGGAUAAGAAAAUUAAUGCCCGAGAAAUCAAACAAAGACUAUUAAUUGUGCAUAAUUACUUCAAUCUACGAACGAUAGAAGAAGUAGAACAGACUGCUCAAUAUGAACUUGGUGAAUUAUUUGGUGCUGCGAAACAACACGAAGGACAUUGGCUCAGUAAAGACUUUAAACAUUUUAUUUUAGCAAAUAGUGACAGUGAAGCUGGACUAUUUUAUAAUGAUCAUACUGUUGAACAGCUAUUAACCAUGAUCAAAGCGUCCAAUGCUGCAGAAGUGACCAAUGUACUUGAACACAUAAUGUACGAAGUAGAACUGCUGUUGAAGAAGUUUUUAGAAGAGCAUCAUUCGACUGAUGAUGGUGAUGAUGAAAAUGUAGAGACGAAAGUGGAUGCAAAUACUAAUACUAUCACGCCGGAUUUGGAUAAACAAACAAAGUUACAAAUAUCACGGAAACGUCAAGUCCAACUUGAGUUAGAACUUCAGCAAUUGUCUAUUGAUGAACUGCAGCCAGAAGCAUUGUGGUUCAUUUGUCCCAAAAGACCGUUGCCGAAUAAUGUUAUUUUAUCAAAAAAUCUCAAGUUCAAUGAAGAUGGUUCUGUUUAUAUUGAUUAUUCAUCGCAGUUCAUACCCGAUGUUCAUAUAGCACAGACAAAUGACGAUGGUGAUAUCGAAAUAUUAAUCGAAUGUCCAUCAUGUUCCAACUCAUCUAUUCAACUCACUGUACGAGGUACUACUCUACUUGUGCAAGGAGAAAAGUUUAAUAAUCGAAUGAAAAAAGAUUAUUUGAACACAAGACGUAUUGGCAAGUUCGAACUUCAAGUGCCUGUUGCCAAGCUAGAUGAUGAAAGAACGUUCGACUUUCAACGAAGAAAAUUCAGUUUUCAAGAUGGUAUCAUUAGAAUUAUUAUACCAGUUGUUCGAGGUAGAGUCUGUCAUAUUUGA